CAAUUGUAAACGCGCUACCCUUACCCUGCAGUCACCAGUCGUCGAUACGUGUGUGUGGACGGAGGAGGAAGCAGAGGUGGGACGGGAACGGCACCUGCACCCAAUUCCUCUCCACCAUCUCCAUCUCCUGCCCGUCCGUGACCUUUGCGUGCGUGUCCUGUGCUGCGGAGCCCACUUGCCCGCAUCGCCGGUGCUCUGCUCCCCGCGCGCGCAUGCACGGGGGCGAAAAUGGGGCAGGAGGCAGGCAGGGGCGCCGGCCCUGACGGCGGUCCCCCGCCGGCCGCGGGGAGCGAGGCCGAGAGCCCCCGGGACAGGGUGUCCUUCGCUCCCUCCUCCAGGACCCGCACCCGUCCUUCGUGCUGGGGAGGCAUCAGGAUCCGUCGGGUGCGCCGGAGCAGGAGCGGAGCGGGCGGCGGCGAGCACGACGCGGCUCCCGCCGUCAGGACGGCCUCCACCUCGCGCGUGUGCGGCGGCAGGGCGGACGCGGCGGCCGGGGCCAGGUCCCUCCUCCAGCGCAACGAUUUCUACUGCGACGACUGCAACACGCACAGGUAGGAGGGCGUUCUGCUCCGAUUCCCCCGGCUGGACUCCUCUCCUCUCCUGCUGCUGCUGCUGCUCCAGUUUUUGCCGAGUAUAAUGUACAUGUAUUCCAAUUGGUUCAUGAGAGGUUCAAUCUAAGAUUAAGAUUGUACUGCUGAGCUUCGUCAUUUUCUAUUCCCCCCACAAUGAUUUACACUGAAUGGUGAGCUUAGGCAACCUAGUAGCUUUUACUAUAUUUGAAUUCAGCCAGAAUAUUGAUCUUGUCCUA